UAAUUUUUUUCAAUAUUUUGUUGAACCUUCUUUUGCUUUAAAAAGAACGUCAAUCCUGCGUGGCAUAUUGUCAACGCAUGAUUUGACUGUGUUCUGCAUUUGUGGGUGGUGGUUCCAGACGUGAAUUACUUUUUAAUAAGUGACCGCAUCUUUAGCUACUUCCUUCUUCAUCAGCUCCAACACGUUUCCAAUUGGGUUCAUAUCGAUGCUGUUUCCCGGCCAGUCCAACAGAGAAAUGUUUUCUUCCUCCAAUAAGUUUUUAUGGACCGGGGUGUGUAGCUGGAGCUCUAUCUUGCAUACAAAUGUAACCAUACAUCCAUUCUUGAACAUUAAAAAUAUUGCGAAUCAUCUAAUAAUUAUAAAAAUCUGCAGUGUGUCUAAUAAUAUGGCCAGGGACUGUAUGUACAGUUUGUUCGUUACCUGUUACUGUUACUAAUUCUUUCUUAUCCAGAAAUAAUGUUAAUAACUAUUUAUGAUAAGGCUUUUCAAACCAAGGUUAAGUUAAUACAAAUACAAAAAUUGAUGUUUCUAUUUGAUGUAAUUUCAUGGAAAGCCCUCUAAAGGUUAGAAUCAUUUACUAUACGUACAUUUUUUUAUUUUUUUUUUAAAUUCAACACCAGAUAUCCCAACACGAUUUCCUAUUUAUUAAAUGAUUAGGUGCCCUGAUAAUUGCAAGGUGGUGUAUUUAAUUGCAAAAGUAUAUUUCGUUUGAUCGAUACAAAAGUGCAUAUUUGCUGUAAAUUUAUAACCAUGGUCAUUUCUUACAAGCCAAUCGCAUUUAGUGUUCAGUUUAUAAAGGUGCUAAUCGGUUUAAGGAAAAAUACCUCAAUAGUCAGCUCUGGCAAAUGAGAGUUAUACAACCGUUAAAAUAAUAGAAAACGACUUUGUAUGGACUAAUUUGAAUACAUACAUUUUAUUAAGAAUGGCUGACGAUGGACAAAUGAGUUCAGACGGAAUUGGAGGUUCGGAAAAUAAGAUUGAGGAUGCUCGUCUGGAUAAGAUAACUUCAUUCACAUUAACGACAAUGGGACUUAAUCUAGAAAAGUGGCAGACAAUGAUAGGAAAGGCAAGUUUUAAGUUCGUUGUCUUUGAUUGGCUUAAUAACGCAAAUAGUAGAGUUUUGCUUUUUACAAUAAACCCAGCCGGAUUUUUGGUUCCAAUGAAUUCGCUAAGCGACAUCAGACGGGCAAGUUUUUUACUAAACUCUGGUGCCGAAAUGUUCAGAGAGACAGCUGUAAGCAUUGCCAUUACUGGAUCUUCAGGAACAGUAGCUUCGACCAUGAAUGCAACUAACAACAUCACUUAUCCAUUGCCCGGAAGUAGUUUUUCUGCUUUGGAUGGUGUACCACGCGGUAAAGCGGUAUUUUUUUUAAAAAGGGCGUCACUGGUCGUAACAGUGCAUAACUUCCAUAAUGAUAUUUUAUUUGGUGAUUUACCUAUGCAUAGUAAGGUGGAAACUUUGGCUGUAUUGCUGGAACAAAUUUACAUUCCAUUACUUAGCAAUUCUCUUAAUAAGAAACUAUGGCCUGAGACAGUAUUCCAGGAUCUCAAUGAUCAAACGAAGGGCAUCUUGAACAAAGUACAAGAGAUAAAGGGGAAAACAAACAAUAAAACGAUUCUUUCGCUUCUGCUUCCAUCAUUUUUAAUCUUAGAGUUAAGAGACGGGAUUGAAAAUGGCGAGACAUCUGCAUUUCAUGAGCAAUUUCAAAACACAUUCGAAGAAAUGAUUAUAAAAUGGACAACACAAAUUAAUGAAAUCCUGAGUGUUAAAUCCGAUGGCAUUAAUAAUAACGAUAAUUUACUUCCUUCCAACGAAGUAUCCUUUUGGAAUAACAGAAAAUUACAUUUGCAAGAUAUUUAUGAGCAAAUGAAGUCCCCAGCCAUCAUAGCUGUUGUCCAAACCCUCGAGCGCUUCGGGUCAAUAGUUUAUUCAGAAUCCUUUCAUAAAAUAUUCAAAGAUCUAAUAAUAGCACUCAACGAGGCCCAAGAUAUAACUUUAUGGCUCAGUCCGAUUAUGCGACAGACCACAGCCUUCAGUGCGGUCAAUUUUAUUAAUUCCAUGGAUCUGGUAGAGCCGUUGGUCCACACAAUUCAUUUAAUUUGGACAAAUUCUCGUUACUAUUGUACAUUAAAAAGGAUGACUGUCCUUUUGAAAUCAAUAUGUAAUAUGUUGGUGUACAGGGCUAGUGAGGAUUUGGAGUUUGCAAUUUUGUUGCAGAGCGAAGCUGAGGCUGAUGAAGGGCUUUCAAAAAUAACUUACACCGUCAACAUACUGGAAUAUUUUAAGAUGAAAAUGUGCGCGUAUAAAAACCAAUACUCAUGCAGAGGUUCGGGAAACUUCCAUAACUCAUCGGAUCUGUGGAAGUUUUCAGCCGAUGAAGUUUUCGUUCGAUUGGAUGGAUUUCUCAAUCAACUUUCAGAAUUAAGAAACAUAUUUCAGUUGGCAGCAUGCUUCCAAUGCCUGGAAAAAUUAGAAAUUGGUGGGAUGCAUGGCAAAUACUUCAAAGAGCAACUCUUGAGAGUUCAUUAUGAUUUUAAAGACGUUUUGUCUGAUUGGUCGCAAAAACAAAUUAACCUGAACAAAACAAAUCCCAAGCAUAAGAAAAAUACCAUGAAACAAGAUGCCUUUUUCUACAAAACUGACAUUUUAGAAAAACGUUUGGCAACAAUUUUAAUAAGAGCUUUUUCAAAUUGCUGCAAUAUUGAACAAAUCACAAAGUUGGUUAUAAUGUUUAGGGACUUUCUUCAAAGGAAGGUUAUUAGAAAUGAGCUUUGUAAGAUUUAUUCUGGAAUUUUGAAAAUUUUGAAGGAAGAGUUGGAAAAUUUGACAUUGAAUGCAAAUGAAGUUCAAAUACCACAAAAACUCAAUUUAUCUUCGUUAUCAGCUGUUUUAGUGUGGGUUCGACAAAUUGAAAAACGGACUGAGUUACUGUGCAAUGAUGUUUUUGAAAACGCUAGGUUUCUUUCUACCAAUAAUGAGUAUACACAAAUAAAGGUAGAUCGGGACUCUUUGUUGAACAAAUUGAAAGGUAUUUAUUCGAAAGCAUUACAUGACUGGCUAGAGUCCAUAGAUGAUAAAAUUGAAUGCUCAUUGAAUGAGCCAAUCUUUCGAUGGAUAAUUAAGGAUGACAUCCCAGUUUACACUUUAACACCCGGCCAAACGUCUCGACGACUAUUAGCAAACCUUCCAUCUGAUAUUUUUAUAGCACUCAAAAACGUGAAGUUCUUAAAAAGCAUUGAUGUAAAUGAUAGUUUUCUGACUUCAAAAAGCCUUGGACUUUAUAGUUUGCGUAGUGAUGUGUGGAAAAGAAGCAUUAAAUUAAUGCGAAUUGAAGACUUCUACAACCAGAUAAUUAAUUCUACCAGGUCCUGUGAGUUAAGUCUUAUUUUUGAUGAACUAGUUGACGUUAACGAUCUCAUUGAGCUGUCUUGUGUUUCUGUAAAUUGGAAGUCGUAUGAUUAUGAACUUGUGAAUAACAUUUUUAUAAAAAUGUCGUCACUACACAAAAGAUUUUUUCUUACUCAACAUAAUUUAGAACAAUUAUUAAAAGUUAUAAGCAACUGCUGUACUGAACCUCUUUAUCAACGGUCUUCAUUUGGAAAAAGCACGUUGAGUUCACAACUACAAAAGGAUCGAUUUCAAUCUCGUAAAAAACGUUGUGAUGAAAGUAAAUUAAUUGUGAAUGGCCUCAUUGAAGAAAACUUUAGCCUUUUCAGUAAUUCUUCAAAGGAAUAUCUCAAGAGUGAGCAUUCAAAUUUCCAAACGAAUUUCGAUAAUUAUCUACGAUUUAUAAAUAAUUUGAUUAAAGACCAAAUUUAUAAUUCGAUUGAACUAAGUUUACAAAAUUUGAUAGCAGAAAUGACCUAUGAUGACAUUAAAAUAGAAAAAAAUCCAAUUUUUGAAGUCAAAUUGGAACUAAUUGAUACCAGUGUUGUAUUCAAUCCUCCUCUUGAUACAACUUCCGGCGAAAGUGUAAUACUCACCAUAAAAAGUUUAAUAAACAAUAUUUUUGAUGCAGCCUCUAGUGUCCCUACAGUAUUAGAAGAGAAUGUUGAUUAUACUGAAAAAUUUGAACAAUACGUAUGUGAUAUCAUCAAUAAAACGUCAAUAACCAUCGUAGAAGCCAAACAUUUUGCUGAACAAUUUAACAAAAUGGAAUUUCUGUGGACUAAAUCAAUGACUGAUGUCUUAACCAAUAUCAAAUUAGAAAGCUGUGGCAAUUCUCCUUCUCUAAAUGGCUAUGCAAUUCUUGAAGCUUUUAAAAAAGAGAUUGACCAUUACAAUGACAUAUAUGAGGAUAUCGAACGUUUUGAAAGAUGUUAUGUAAUCAACGGUUGGCUGGCAAUCGACGUCAAUCCGCUUAAACAUGCUCUGCUUAAUCACGCUUGCAAAUGGGCUAAUUCAUUCAAACAAUGGUUGCUUCAAUAUGUGCUGGACACGCUAGAGCAGCUGGAGAAUUUUAUUGCUUCCGGUAUAAAAACAUUAUCACUCCCCAUCAAAUUGAAGGACUUCCGAUUUUUAUUAGAGACAUUGUCAAUAGGAUUCGAGAUCAAGGAGCGGGAAUGCUUGGCUAAUAACAUUUUUAAGCCACUUAAGGAAAUUAUAACUCUGCUCAAGUCAAACAACAUGGAUUUCGAUCCCGGUUUGCUUAAAGACAUUGACCAUUUGCCAAUUAAAUGGAAGACGCUCAAAGACACUGCCGACUCCAAAAUUGAUGCUCUAGCGGAGGUUAGAGAGUACCAAAAGAAUGCUAUUCGAAGUGUUGUGGAAAUUUUUAACAGUCAUGCAAACAACUUUUUUGAGUCAUUCCUGAUGAUAGAGUUUUUUUCCGUUCCAUGUGAUAGAGUGUACUUAAUCUGUGACGCUGUGAACAGACGUUUGGGCGAAUUUAAAAGGUCGUUUAAGCGGAUUUUGCAUUGUGCAAGACUUUUAGAAAUAACAACUUCUGAUGACUCAAAACUUGUUCUAUGUGAGGCUGAAUUAAAAAGGGUCAAACAUCUCUGGGAUUUUGUUUAUGUAAUUGAGUCUUGUAUAAUUGAUUGGAAAUCAACACCGUGGUGCCUUGUCGACACUGAUGAUGUGGAAAACGAAUGUAAGAAAUUUACUAGAGAGCUUAGAAACCUUAACAAAAGUGUUCGAACUUGGAAACCGUACGAAUAUAUCGUGUCCUUGUUAAAGGAUUUGGUUUCAUCUUUACGCGUAAUAACUGAACUUCAAAACCCAGCAAUAAAGGAGAGACAUUGGAUGGAAUUGAUGAUUUGUACCAAACUGACAAAUUUACAUGGAAUACAACAUUUGAUGAAAUUCCAUUGCGACAAAACAACGACAUUACGAGACUUGCUCUCCUUGGAUUUGCAUAGAUUCGACGAGGAAGUCAAAAGUACAGUUGACAAGGCCAUUAAGGAAAUAACAGUUACGAAAGCUCUGGAAGAAAUCAAAACAACUUGGGACCAGAUGAAGUUCAACAGUGAAUUACACAAGCCACGGCAACUAGAGUUGCUUCGAGUCUCGGAGGAGUUAAUAGAAACUUUGGAUGAUAAUCAAAUGCAGCUGCAGAACAUAUCCACAUCAAAAAACAUCGACUUUUUGCUUCCGAAACUUAAUAACUGGCAAGAGAUUCUAUCCAAUGUGGAUUUGGUCCUAACACGUUGGUUCGAUGUGCAAAGAAAAUGGAUUUAUUUAGAAAGUAUUUUCAUUGGCUCUGAAGAUAUUCGAACGCAAUUGCCUGAUGACGCAGAACGCUUCGAGGAAAUUGACUCUGAAUUCAUUCAUCUUUUAAAGAAGGUCGAAUCAGUUAAGCUGGUUGUUCGUGUAGCACAAAAUAAACAAAUUUACACUAUUCUUGGGGAAUUGGAACAAAAGUUGAAUAUUUGCGAGAAAUCGCUUUGUGAUUACUUAGAAACAAAACGAUUGGCAUUUCCUAGAUUCUAUUUCAUAUCAUCAACGGACCUCCUCGAUAUACUUUCGAAUGGAAACUCUCCCAGGGCGGUCUGUCGACAUCUAAUAAAACUAUACGAUUCUAUUUUGUUCCUUAAGUUCUUGAAUGAACAAUCAAAUACUGCAAUUGGUAUGCAUUCUAAAGAAAAUAAUGAGUAUGUUAAUUUCGUUGAAGAUGCAGUUGAAUGCACUGGGCAAGUUGAAUAUUGGCUCAGUCAAAUCACUAAACAAAUGAAGACAACUCUAUAUUUACUGUUCAAGAAGGCACUCAAGGAAAUAACUUGCAGAUCUACUGAGAACUGGCUUCUGGAUUGGCCUGCUCAAGUUGCGCUUUGUUGCAGUCAGAUCGGCUGGACAUCAGCAGUCAAUAAAGCCUUUGCCUGGAUGGAGGAAGGCUAUGAGAGCGCUAUGAAGGAUCUUCAAAAGCAUCAAAUUGCUCAGCUUAAUACUCUCAUUAAUUUACUUUUGCGUGAACUUAAACCAGGUGAUAGACAGAAAAUUAUGACUAUAUGUACUAUCGAUGUGCACAAUCGAGAUGUAGUCUUGAAAAUAAUUCAACAGAAAGUUGAAAAUGCGUUAGCUUUUCAGUGGCAAAGUCAGCUUCGUCACAGAUGGGAUGACAGCGUUGACAACUGUUAUGCGAAUAUAUGCGAUUCUGAAUUUCAGUACGAUUUUGAAUACCUAGGAAAUACUUCACGUUUGGUUAUAACACCGCUCACAGAUAGAUGCUAUAUUACUUUGACACAAUCAUUGCAUCUGGUAAUGGGUGGUGCACCCGCCGGCCCAGCUGGAACUGGAAAAACCGAAACCACAAAGGAUCUGGGUCGAGCAUUGGGAGUGAUGGUAUACGUUUUCAACUGUUCCGAACAAAUGGACUACAAGUCCUGUGGAAAUAUUUAUAAAGGACUGUCACAGACCGGUGCAUGGGGAUGCUUUGACGAAUUUAACCGGAUAUCAGUGGAAGUUUUAUCCGUGGUUGCAGUGCAGGUGAAAAGCAUUCAAGAAGCAAUAAAGAUGAAGAAGACACAAUUUGCUUUCAUGGGCGAGAAUAUCUCUCUGGUUAGUACUGUGGGUAUUUUCAUCACCAUGAAUCCGGGCUAUGCCGGACGUACUGAACUCCCAGAGAACUUAAAGAUGUUGUUCCGUCCAUGUGCAAUGAUUGUACCGGAUUUCGCACUUAUUUGCGAAAUAAUGCUAGUUGCAGAAGGAUUUCAAGAAGCUCGUUUAUUGGCGAGGAAAUUUAUUACUUUAUAUACUCUGUGUCGAGAACUUUUAUCACAGCAAGAUCACUACGAUUGGGGUUUGAGAGCCAUUAAGUCAGUGUUGGUGGUUGCCGGUGGACUCAAACGUGAAGACCACACAAGACCAGAGGAUCAAGUGCUGAUGAGAGCGUUGCGGGACUUCAAUAUACCAAAAAUUGUUACCCAGGAUGUUUCCAUAUUUAUGGGACUAAUAGGGGAUUUGUUUCCAGCAAUUGAAGUACCGCGUAAGCGAUUUUUCGAUUUUGAAAAGGCAGUUCGAAAAGCAGCACAUGAAUUAAAGUUACAGCCACAAGAAAGUUUUCUAAUGAAAGUGGUACAACUGCAAGAACUGUUAAAUGUUAGACAUUCCGUGUUUGUUGUUGGUGACGCUGGAACGGGUAAAACCAAAAUUUGGCAAACACUGUUGCAAACAUAUAUUGUUCAACAAAUGAAGCCACUGUGUAGUGUUCUGAACCCAAAAGCCAUGUCUAGUGAUGAACUUUUUGGUGUUGUUAAUGCUACGACAAGGGAGUGGAAGGACGGUUUAUUUUCGUCAAUAAUGCGAGAACAAACAAACAUCAAGGGAGAUCAAGUUAAUAGCCCUAAAUGGAUAGUUUUAGAUGGUGAUAUUGACCCAAUGUGGAUUGAAAGUUUAAAUACAUUAAUGGACGAUAACAAGGUCUUAACAUUAGCCAGCAAUGAAAGAAUUGUUUUGUCAAAAGAAAUGCGAUUACUGUUUGAGGUUGGGCAUCUUAAAGCCGCGACACCUGCAACUGUAUCAAGGGCAGGAGUACUUUACAUAAACCCACAAGACUUGGGAUGGUUUCCUUAUGUGUCAUCGUGGUUGGAAACUCGCCCGGAUAUAGUUGAACGCGGUCUAUUAACCCGUUUUUUUGAAAAAUACUUUCCCAGUAUGGUAAACCGAAGCCAAGAGUUCCGAAAGACAAUCCCUAUCACCGAAAUGGCAAUGAUCCAAAUGACCUGCCACCUAUUAGGGAGUCUAUUGGAUAGCAAUCAAAGAAUUGAGGCUGAGUUUAUGGAAACCACCUUGGAGAUUAUUUUCGCAUUCGCUGCAAUUUGGGGAUUCGGCUCAGCACUGUGCAAGGAUAACAUUAUAGAUUGGCAUCGGGAAUUCCACAAAUGGUGGACGAGUGAAUUCAAGGACGUUAAAUUCCCAUCGCAUGGCACCAUCUUCGACUACUUCCCCGAUAAUUUAACUCAAAAGUUUCAUCGAUGGGACACACAAAUUGAGGAAAUUAAAGUUCAGCCAGACACUGCCUUGCAGAAUUUGAUGGUGCCAACAGCUGAUACCAUUUGCUUGGAAUAUUUCCUGAAGCUGUUAAUAAAGCGUAGCCUCCCAAUAUUGCUGGUUGGUACCUCUGGAUGUGGCAAGGGUGCUAUUCUUAGGGACAUUUUCAACGAGACAACUUCGGGGAGGCAAACUUCGCACCAGGAACGAAUCUUACAAACAACAUAUUUCAACUUCUACACAACUUCGGAAAUGUUCCAAAGGGUCCUCGACAAACCACUUGAAAAGAAGUCUGGUAGAUGUUAUGGGCCGAAUGCAAACAAGCACUUGAUUUACUACAUAAAUGACCUGAAUAUGCCAGAAGUUGAUGCAUAUGGUACUGUCCAGCCCCACACAAUUAUACGGCAGUUUAUGGACUACCGGCAAUGGUAUGACCGCAGUCGUCUUGCCUUGAAGGACAUUCGGAAUUGCCAAUUUGUUGCCUCCAUGAACCCCACAGCUGGCUCCUUUACCAUAGAUCCCAGGCUUCAACGCCACUUCUGUGUUUUUUCUGUGCAAACACCAAAUGAAGCAGCGCUUAAUAGAAUUUACUCAACCAUCUUCAGUCAUCAUCUCGACAACCCACUUAAUGGAUUCUCCAAAGAAUUAAGAUCGUUCAGCUCACUUUUGGUUAACGUGAGCGUGUGUUUGCAAUGUCGUGUUGAAAAUGCUUUUCUCCCAACCGCAUUAAAGUUUCACUACAUCUUUAAUUUACAUGACAUGACUAACAUCUACCAGGGUCUUGCGAACUGCUUGGGAGCCACCUGCACAAAACCAAUUGAAUUAGUGCGUCUCUAUGUGCAUGAGGCAUUCCGCGUGUAUCAUGACAGAUUUGUGGACCAACAUGACAUAAGGGCGUUUGAUGUCAUUAUCAGAGAUGUCCUCAAAAAGAAUUUUGAAGAUUUUGACGAGGAAUUUGUGUUUGCACAGCCCCUUAUUUAUAGCCAUUUUGGGCAAUCUUUAGUGGACCAGAAAUAUCUACCCAUUUCAACCUGGGAUGCACUCUACCAAUUACUGAACGAAGCUAAGGCGAGUUACAACGAAUCAGUAGGAUAUAUUAACCUAGUUCUGUUUGAGGAUGCUAUGUUGCAUGUUUGCAGAAUCAACCGAAUUUUAGAAAACUCUGGCAAUGCACUCCUGGUUGGCGUUGGAGGUUCGGGCAAACAAACACUUGCCCAACUUGCUUCAUUUAUAUCGGCACUAAGUGUGUUUCAAAUGCAAAUAAAAAGGGGUUAUGGGCUGCAAGACAUGAGAGAAGAUAUCGCAAGUCUUUAUAUUAAAGUUGGCUUGAAAAAUGUCACUUCUGUUUUCUUAAUAUCUGAUGCUCAAAUUCCAAAUGAAGCCUUAUUAACACUUUGUAACGACAUGCUUGCAUCAGGAGAUAUUCCGCAGCUUUUUAGUGAAGACCAGAUUGAAAUAAUAUACAACGGAAUACGCAAUGAAGUGAAACAAAGCGGGCAGACGGAUACGAAGGAUAAUUGCUGGCGUUUUUUCAUUAACAAAGUUCGCCGAAUGCUGAAGAUGGUCCUUAGUUUUUCGCCUGUAGGCCCGACAUUAAGAAUAAGAGUCAGGAAAUUUCGAGCAAUUUUAAGUAGAACCUGCAUCGACUGGUUUCACGAGUGGCCAACUACGGCAUUACAGUCCGUAUCAAAGAAAUUUUUAUCAGAAAUCGAUAUGGCCUUGCCGGCAAACAUAGUUGGACCUAUUGCCCACUUUAUGGCAUACGUUCACGGAACAGUGAAUCAAAUUUCGAAAAUCUACCUCCAGAAUGAAAAACGAUUCAACUAUACCACCCCGAAAACAUUUUUGGAAUACAUCUUCUUAUAUCGUAAGCUUUUGCUUGAAAAAAAUAGUGAGCAUUGUUGUCGUAUUAAAAGACUCGAGAGUGGAAUGUCUAAGCUAGCCAAAUGUGCUCGCCAAGUAGAUUCCUUGAAGGACCAACUAGCAAUUCAAGAAGUUCAACUUAAUUCAAAAAACUUAGCAGCUGAUAAACUGAUUGUUAUCAUUACCGAUGAAAGUAAUAAAGUUCAAAAAGAACAACUAAUCGCAUCAGAAGAGGAAAGACGUGUGCGAAUAAUUGAGGAAGACGUUUCAAUUAAAACACAAAUGUUCGAAGAAGAUUUGCGUAAAGCUGAGCCCGCCCUAGUUGCAGCACAGGCUGCGCUUAACACUCUUAAUAAAAAUAAUAUAACUGAAUUGAAGUCAUUUGGUUCCCCUCCCAAAGCUGUGGUAAACGUCUGCGCAGCAGUUAUGGUGCUUUUAGCAGUAAAUGGAAGAGUGCCACGCGAUCGUAGCUGGAAAUCAGCCAAGUUGAUGAUGGUUCGAGUUGACCAAUUCUUGAAUGAUUUGGUUAAUUAUGAUAGAGAUAAUAUACACCCAAAUAUUAUUGAAACCUUACAAGACUAUUUGAAGGACCCUGAGUUUAAUCCAGAAAAGAUUGUUCAAAAAUCAGUUGCAGCUGCAGGACUUUGUGCUUGGGUUAUUAAUUUGCACCGAUACCAUCAAAUUUUUCUAAUUGUUGGCCCUAAGCAGAAAGCUCUUCACAACUCACAAAGUGAACUCAAAUCCGCUAGAGAACGUCUUAAGUAUUUGAAAACAAAAAUUUCAAAUCUAGAACAAAAACUACACGAUAUUCAAUCGGAAUUUGAAGAGGCUGUAGUACAAAAGCAAAAAUGCCAAAAUGAGGCAGAUAGAACUGCAUUUACAAUUGAUUUAGCGCAUAGACUUGUGAAUGGUCUUUCUAGUGAAAAUAUUCGAUGGAAGGAAUCGGUGUUGAGCCUUAAGGAAAAAAUUGAAGCUCUUCCGGGGGAUAUUCUCUUAAUAUCAUCAUUUCUUUCGUAUGUUGGAAGUUUUACACGCAGAUAUAGACUCGAAUUACGAGAGCAAAUGUGGAUGCCUUAUUUCAAAAAUAUUGUGCCGAACAUUCCACAUUCUGUGAAUACCGAUUUCUUUACAUCUUUACACGAUGAAGCUCGAACUGCUGUGUGGAACAAUCAAGGCUUGCCUAUGGAUCAAAUGUCAACUGAAAAUGCAACAAUAUUAACAUACUCUAGUAGAUGGCCAUUGAUGAUUGAUCCACAACUGCAAGGUGUAAAGUGGAUUAAAAACAAGUUUGGUAGUGAUCUGGUCAUAAUACGUUUGAUUCAAAACGGGUAUUUGGAAAUUUUAGAGAAGUCAAUGUGCGCUGGAAAUAUUGUCCUCAUCGAGCAAAUUGAGGAAACAAUUGAUACGGUCCUUGAACCGCUACUAAAUCGAACUUUCAUAAAAAAAGGACGAUACAUUAAAAUCGGAGACAAGGAAGUAGAGUUCAACUCAAAUUUUCGAUUAAUUUUGCAAACGAAAUUAGCUAACCCGCAUUACAAACCUGAACUUCAAGCCCAGAUGACACUAAUUAAUUUCACUGUAACUCAAGAUGGACUUGAAGAACAACUGCUAGCUGAAGUUGUAAAAAUAGAACGUCCGGAUUUAGAGAAAAUGAAAAUUCAGGUUACUAUCCAGCAAAAUAAGUUUAAAAUUUCUCUUAAGGAUCUAGAAGAUCAACUCUUAGCAAGAUUGGCAUCCUCAGGUGAAAAUGUUCUUGAAGACCAUACCCUAGUGCUUAAUCUUGAGAAUACGAAGAAAACUGUUGAAGAAAUUGAAACAAAAGUGACAGAGGCAAAUAUUACUACAAUACAGGUUGAUAAGACUCGAAACAUUUACCGAUCUGCAGCUCAAAGGGCGUCGAUAUUAUUUUUUGUCCUAAGUGAUCUUGACAAAAUUAACCCAAUGUACAAGUUCUCUCUUAAGACAUUUAUGGUUGUUUUUCGCCGGGCAAUAGCUCAAGCAGAAGUCAAGCAAAAAAGCUUAGAGAAUCGAGUGGUUUCACUAGUGGACUCUAUAACAUAUCAAUGUUUUGUGUACACAAUAAGAGGACUCUUCGAACGCGAUAAACUCAUUUUCACUUUCCAUAUGAUACUACGCAUAAUGCUUUAUUCAAAAUCGAUUACCAAGGACGAGAUUGAUUUUUUGUUAAGAUAUCCUCACGAUCUUAAUGCCAUUUCACCAGUUGAAUUUUUGAGUCGCGCAUCAUGGGGUGGCAUACGACAUCUUGCAGCAAUGGACAAUUUCUAUGGUAUAGACAAAGACGUUGAAAACUAUCCAAAGCGUUGGAGAAAAUUCCUCGAAAAUUGUGUUCCUGAACGAGAAAAUUUUCCCGGUGAAUGGAAACACAGAAGCCCAUCACAAAAGCUUUGCAUCAUUCGUGCUCUUAGACCUGAUCGAAUCACACACGCAAUAAGGUUCUUUGUCGAAAAAGUCAUGGGUGAAAAGUAUUCAGUUUUAAAAGUCGUUCCAUUUUCUGAAAUAUUUCAAGAAGUAUACCCAAAUACCCCAGUUCUAUUUAUUCUUUCGCCGGGCGUCGAUCCUAUGGAUAGCGUUGAGAAACUCGGUAUGCAAUUAAAGUUUUCAGUAGAACUUGGAAAUCUCUAUAAUAUAUCUCUUGGGCAAGGACAAGAAAUUUCUGCUGAAAAAGCUCUUAAAAUGGCUUUGAAGCUUGGGCAAUGGGUUAUCCUGCAAAAUAUCCACUUGGUAGUUGGUUGGCUUUCCAAACUUGACAAAAUAAUAGAAAAUAUUGAUGAAAACGUUCAUCCAGAUUUCAGACUAUUUAUAAGCGCUGAACCUGCAGUAGACCUGCAAUACCAUAUUAUACCACAAGGAAUACUAGAGUCAUCUGUGAAGAUAGUAAAUGAACCCCCAACAGGCAUGGCGUCAAAUAUACACAAAGCUUGGGACAAUUUCAAUCAAGAAUUUUUGGAAAAAUGUACACAAGAGGCCGAGUUCAAAUCUAUUCUCUUUGCGCUAUGUUAUUUUCAUUCAGUGGUAGGUGAAAGAAGAAAAUUCGGACCGUUAGGAUGGAACAAAGUGUAUCCUUUUAACAUUGGUGACCUUAAUAUAAGUGCCUAUGUUUUGUAUAACUAUUUGGAAGGAAGUAACAGAAUUCCUUGGGAAGAUCUUAGAUAUCUUUUGGGAGAAAUAAUGUAUGGUGGACACAUAACAGACGAUUGGGACCGAAGACUUUGUCAGACAUACCUCGAGGAACUUUUGCGACAGGACCUCAUCGAUGGAGAGUUUGAACUUUGUCCUGGUUUUCCAUCUCCCCCAAAUAUGGAUUUUAUCGGUUAUCACGAUUAUAUUAACGAAAUGUUACCUAAUGAAUCACCAAUUCUGUAUGGCCUGCACCCUAAUGCUGAAAUAAGCUUUCUAACUACUGCUUCCGAAAACCUCCUGAAUUCAAUUUUUGAAUUACAACCCCGUGAAUCUGAUCUUAAUUCAAACUACGAAGCACCCAGAGAGGAACUGGUUAAAAUAGCAAUAGAUGAGUUUUUGGACAAGUUGCAAGAUGAGUUUAAUUUGAAAAGCCUUCUCAAUCGAAUCGAAAAGAAAACUCCGUUUGUUGUUGUUGCCCUGCAAGAGUGCGAACGAACUAAUGCACUUAUAAAGGAGAUUAAGAGGUCUCUUCGUGAACUUCUUCUCGGCCUUAAAGGAGAACUUACAAUUACUGCAGACAUGGAAAAGUUGCAUAACGCCAUUUUCUAUAAUUACUUACCACAAAGUUGGACAAAAUUGGCCUACCCAAGCAUGAUGAGUCUACAGGGAUGGUUUGGUGACCUGAUUCAUCGUAUCAGGGAAUUAGCAAUCUGGCUAAACGACUUUAAGCUUCCAUGUGUCAUUUGGCUGGGUGGUCUUUUUAAUCCGCAAAGCUUUUUAACAGCUAUUAUGCAAGAAUCAGCUAGGAAGCAUGAUUUACCGCUUGACCGAAUGUGCCUAAGCUGCGAUGUCACCAAAAAGGAAAAGGAAGAUAUAAGCCUCCCUCCAGUGGAAGGGGCAUUUGUACAUUCGCUGUACUUAGAUGGGGCCAGUUGGGAUUGUAAUCUAAAAACUCUUGUAAAUCUGCGUUCAAAGGAAAUUAUUUGCACAAUGCCCGUCAUAUACAUAAAGUCAACAAUUCAAGAGAAGCAAGAAGCUCUCAGAGGAAUCUAUGAAUGUCCACUUUAUAAAACCAGAUCACGAGGAUCUACUUAUGUGUGGACAUUUAACUUAAGUACUAAAGACCAACCCUCGAAAUGGAUCUUAGGUGGUGUGGCUUUGAUUUUACAAUGUUAAGAAAUAAAAGUUCCGUACGAUUGUAUACAUAUACAUAUGUAUGUACAAUAUCUAUACCUAUACGUAGUAUCAAAACAAAACAGAACUAUGAAUCGACCACACGUCUUGCAGAUGAAACACUUGCCGACAUCACUUCUCCCACUUGAAGACGUACUUACCUUCGUCUAUGGUCUAUAACAUGGAAUAACCUAUGCAGCAUCGCUAAAGUAAACGAACUUUUACCUGCCCGCGUAUAUGCAUGCACAGGUACAUAUAGUAUGUAGUUCAUCAUAAAAACAUUUCACGCAGCCCUGACAAUCACUUUACAGGAAGCUACUACAAUAAAAUUACAAAUGGACAGCAAUUAAUUUAAAGAAACCUGAGAAAUCAACACUGAAUACAGCUACUGAAAAUAAAAAUGAUGAGUUAUUUUGCCUUGGGAUGCUGAGAGCUUCUCUGACAGGACAUUGCUCAUACAAUCAAAGUGUCAAUACGUUACGGUGAGACACGAUGGCGAUCCAAGAGGGCAUUAAUCUUGUCUUAAACAUUGCAGGAGCGGUAUGAUAAAGUCAUCAAAGAUACCUAUACCAUACGUUAUCCAUACUUCACUGACAGUCACUUUAUUAGCACCUUUUGGGCACUUAAUAGCUGUCAUUCAUUAAAAAAACAAUAAAUAAUAUAAUUCCAUGGUGAUGGACUCAAGACGGGCUGGACAUUUUACGACUGAUGUAAAACUGAAAGCAGUGUCCGUUUGUACACAAAACGUCAAAACCAAUGAAAAUUAAUACAAAUGAAUCUUGUACCUUGCGUUUCUUGGUAGUGACAAUACUAGUGACUAUACCGUCGCGACGCGACGCGACACGACAAGACGACGACGUGGUGGCUACGCGGUGGCGGUACGUCUAAUAAAAUUCGAAAAGUUUUUAUCUCAUAAGCCACACAACACUAUACUAAUAUGUUAGCUCUUAAUACAAUGAAUCAGUAGCAAUUCAGUCAUGACAAGAAUUUUCAAGACAAAUUUUAAAGCAAUGUCAUCACUUGAUUGAGUCAUAAAGAAAUAGAAUUAUGCUUCUCAAACAAUUUGAAUUUCAAAUACGUGCGAAUAAUAUAUUCAUAUUCAUAUAGAUAAUAUUAAAAAUUAGGUUUGUUCAGAAACAUGCAAAAAGCGAGUUUUUCCCAUUUUUUCACACUUUGAUGUUUAUUUUGAACCCUGAUGUUCCAUGAUAAAUCGUAAUCAAUAUUUAUUACAAGAUUGUCAGCUCAGCAGUUAAAACGUGGAUAACCUGCAACUAAGCGUCACUGUAUACAAUUCUAUGAUCAGGGACAUUUGUCAACUUACCUGAAGCACCAUCAAAUACAGAAACCUUAAUUAUGAUUGAAUUUUAAAAAGGAAUACAUUUUUCUUCUGAGUUCCGGAAGUCAAGUACACAAGGUUAUUCCUUUGUCGGUUUCAAAAGUAAACGUAAAUAAAGCACAUAUAAAUACUUUUUCUUUUUUAAAAAUAAAGUUUGAAUAUCAUAUGUU